CUAGAGAAGAAGAACCAUGCGCAUGUGCACGGGCUGUAAACACAGCAGCAUGGCACCGUGAGGUUCAGAUAAUCGAACAAUUACCGAUCAAAGCGCAGCUGAUCACUGAUCGUCUCUGUGACGUCAUCACACCAAGGUUAUUUUGAUGACGUAAAAAAGAAAUGGAGUCCGUGAAGAAACGUCUGACUGAGUUUUCUCUGGAGGCUCACGAACUCUACCUGAACAGCUCUGUGCCAUACCUGGAUGGGUCACCUGAACCGCUGCUCUUCUUCAGGGAUUGGAUUGCUCCUAACAAACCCGUCAUCAUCCGCAAUGCCUUCAGCCAUUGGCCAGCUCUGAACAGGUGGACUCCAGAAUACCUCAGAGAGAAGGUGGGGUCAAAGGUCAUCAGUGUGUCUGUGACUCCUAAUGGUUACGCAGACGCAGUAAGCGGUGAUCGAUUCGUCAUGCCAGAGGAGAGGAAGAUGACUUUCUCUGCUGUGCUCGACGUAAUCCAGGGAAAGGUGCAGCAGCGUGGUGUGUUGUAUGUACAGAAACAGUGUUCAAACCUUCUCGACGAGCUGCCUGAGCUCACAGACGACCUGGAGCCUCACGUUCCCUGGAUGAGCACGGCGCUCGGAAAGUUACCUGAUGCUGUCAACUUUUGGCUUGGGGAGGCGAGCGCUGUAACGUCCAUGCACAAAGAUCACUAUGAGAAUCUCUACUGUGUGAUUUCUGGAGAGAAAAACUUCAUCCUGCUGCCGCCCACAGACCGUCCUUUCAUCCCUUACGGUAUGUAUCAGCCCGCUGUGUACCAUCAAACAGACGAUGGUGACUUCAAGGUUAUCGAUCAGAGUGACUCCAAAAAGGUUCCGUGGAUCCCUCUGGACCCUCUGGACCCGGACCUUGACAGGUAUCCUCAGUACAUCAGAGCUCAUCCAAUCAGCUUCAGUGUGAAGGCUGGAGAGAUGCUGUAUCUCCCGUCACUGUGGUUCCACCACGUCCAGCAGUCACAUGGCUGCAUCGCAGUGAACUUCUGGUACGACAUGGAGUACGACAUAAAGUACAACUACUACCAGCUUCUCGACACGCUGUCAGAGGACACAGGGUCAUCGUGACAUCACAGCAUGAGGUCACAGGGUCGAUUUACAGGGUCGAUGACAUGACAUCAAGACAUGGUUUCACAGGGUCAAGCAUGAUGUUGUGACCUCACAGCUUGAUUUUACAGGGUCAUCGUGACAACACACUAGCCCUGCAUGCCACAGUGAUGCUGAGAAAUGAAAAGAAAGAUCAAUACAUGAAAUAUUGAAUAAAGUUCUUUGAUUUUUACAAAUAUUUCAAAUACUUAUAAACAAUAAAUUGUUUCAGUUGUUUAAUGUCCUGUUGUCACAGCUAACUCACUGACUGAUUAUGGGUGAAGUUAUAAAACAGAUUAUUAUUAUUAUUAUCGAGAAGUAAAAAGUGCAGUGAGGAUUAUCUGCUGACAAGUCAAAUUAUCAGGACGACAACCUGAAGAGAAACAAAGACGAGUCAAAGAUAAAGCACUUUAUUAAAGCAACACCACCAACAGAAACAGCCCAAAAACAGAACCAACAAACCUUAAAAAAAAAAAAAAAAUUCUAAAAGGUCAAAUGCUUUUUCCUUUUCUCCCCGGAUUUUUU